ACCCCCCACUAUACAGCUCUAACAAUAAAUAUCCGCUGAAAGUUUUUUUGUAUGGAGUGUGUACGUCAUUACACCCGCACUGCUGCAAGCUACAUACGUCAGACUCGAUAAUAUUGAUUAAUUGAUAUAUCUUUUCGAUCAAAUAUGAAUACCACAAGAAUAUACCGCAAACAUGCAAGAAUAGAGCUAUAGCUAUAAUUGAGCCCACAAGAUUGCUCGUAUACUAAGAAACGUGACGGGAAAUUAGCGAAUGAAAAAUGCAUGCGUGAACGAACGACUAUACACGCGUGGAGUUCCUCUUCGUCCACGCGCUUUGCUUCUUAAUAGAUAAUCCAGAUAUAAAUCGUACAUUGAUAUUUGAGAACAAUCAGACGAAUCAGUAUGCUCCACUGUAAUAUCAGUCUAAUGUAUAUUAUCGUCUCUCGGUAAUCUAACCGUGGCAAAGCUGAUCUAGGAUGAAUAUAUGCGGUAAACUGUUCUACCCUUGCUGUCAAUAUAAAGGCAAUUAGAAUAUUAGAAGUUACAAUUCGCAAGCGUUGUUGGAUUCAAUUAAAACGCAGCAAUGUUUGCCUGGAUUGUUAGGCACACGAGUAUUUACAUGUUCGUAGCAGGAGCUAUUUUUCUUGAGAUAGCGACAGAUGCAAGUCCCACAGGAUUUCCAUACAAAGUGUGCCCGGGACGACAAAAAGAAGUAGGGACAAGAUUGAAUAAGAAAAAAGGGAAAUAUUAUUGCCUCGGUUGUGACGAGUUGCGAAAUUGCACAAGCGUGUUUGGAAGUGUUCAUCUCAAGGGGAUAACAUUUAAUGACAGAAAUAAACAUUUACGCGAAGAAUUGCGGUUUCCAGAGCUUCGAGAGAUCACUGGGCAUCUAAUUGUCACAUUUGUGAACGGUGAUACAAGCCUGAGUGAUAUUUUCCCAAAUUUGGCAGUCAUACAUGGCAGAGUUGAUAGUCUUUUCGAAGGGUACUCCUUGGUCGUUUAUCAAAACAAAGGGCUUCGAAACUUAGGAUUGAAUUCCUUAACUGUCAUCAAACAGGGCGGAAUAAAGAUUGAAUUCAAUGAGAAAUUAUGCUAUUUGGAUCAAAUACGAUGGCAAUCCUUGAGAAAUUAUGGAGGAGCUAAGAAAUACGAGUUGAGUCUAAAGAGAAAUUCGAAAGACUGUUUUGCGCAGUGCUCAAGUAUUUGUCAUACGCCAAGUGGCCAUGGAUCAUCCGGUCACAAGUACUGUUGGGGAAGAGAUACAAAACAGUGUCAGAAAUUCUGUAUUUCAAAAUGUGGAUCAAGUGGAUGUGAGGAUGGUAGUCAAGAGAAAUGUUGUGAUAAGGAAUGUCUUGGUGGGUGUACUCGAGCUUUCUCUGCAGAUCAUUGUCAUGCUUGCCAACAUUUACGCUUGGAAAAUGGUUCUUGUACCCGGUCUUGUCCACGUGGAUUUAAAGAGCUCGAAAAUUUUAUCUGCAAAAGAAGAUGUCCUUUCGCAAUUCCUUUCGUGUUGAAUGGUAAAUGUUAUAAGGAAUGUCCCGCUGGCUACACGAGGAACCCGAAGAGAGCCACCUGUGAAAAAUGUCCUGAAGAUAACUGCCCAAGAACUUGUCGACCAGAAAAAUUCAAGAGGGGAAUAAAUAUAUUGUCAUUGUCAGACUCUGCCAAACUCAAGGGAUGCACGAUUUAUUCGGGAAACGUGGCGAUCGAAAUGCAGAACGUUAGAGGCGGUACAAAUAUUGCUCAAGUUUUAACGGACCAUCUUGGUAGUCUGGAAGAAAUCAGAGGGCAUGUGGUUGUACGACAAUCUACUCCGUUGAUAUCACUGAAUUUCUUUAAAAAUUUGAGGAAAAUUACCCUGCGGGAUAAUUUCUCAGGUUUCUCAUCUAAAGGUUAUGCAUUGGCGAUAUUCGACAAUCCUAACCUGGAGUCACUUUGGGAAUUUCAUCCAAAUUUUAAGAUAAAUAACAGAAAUCCGAAGACGAUUAAUGGAAUGUUUGUGCAGCUAAAUCCACGAUUAUGCCUUAAAAAUAUUUAUCCAUUGGUUGAGGACGUUUUAAAAUGGAAUAAAAGCGAUCCGAAUGUUGAUAUAUCUGAGACAACAAACGGAAAUGCCAGAAAUUGUGAUGUCAACUUCGUUAAUUUAACAAUAACAGGACGUCAAAAGUGUUUCAAACCCGGUCUUUGUGUGAAAGUCUCUUGGCCAAACAAAGUCGAAGACUAUCGAAAUCUUAUACUUUAUUCUGUUUGGUAUAGAGAAACAACAAGUACUGAUCUCAAUGAGUAUGAUGAUAUCGACGCCUGCAACUCAGAUCACGUGUGGGAACGUCAAGACGUUUCUUCAAAAAGAAGAGCGAUCAUCUCAGGGACUGUGUAUGGACUAAAAGCACACACGCUGUACGCAUUUCGUGUAAAUGCCAUUGUGAUCGGAGGGACUGGUGUCAAGAGUUACAUCACUUAUUUCAAAACAAGGCAAACAAAACCAUCUGUGCCUCGUAGUCACGAGGUUAGUUAUUUAUCUUCAUCCUCGUUGCAAGUGAAGUGGAGGGAGCCUUUCUUUCCUAACGGCGAGAUAACGCAUUAUCUUGUGAAAUAUAAGGAAAUUUCAUCAUCAUAUUUAUGGGAUUUAAAUGUUAAGUCGUGCCAAAAUAUAGACUCGUCCAUCGAUUUCUAUAAGAAGAAGAAAGUAAAAGAUAAAUUGACGUCAGGAAACCAAACUUGCCCUGUCAAUUUAACCUGCAACUGUGAUAACGAGAAAGAUGAAAAACAAAGUCUUGAUCUAAAGGAAGCGUUGUUUGCGAAAGAAUUUCAGGAUAAAAUUUUACAAGAAGUGUUUAAAAAAAAUGAUACAAACAACAAUAAAAUCACUACAACUCCCCGGCCUUGUGGUAAUUACAGUAAGAAUUCUUCAUGUUCAACCCAGCGACCAAAUACACAAGAAUUAUCAACAUCAAUUUCCACGACACCUACAUCGGUGUUAUCCACAACCACUGCCCCUCUUGUUAUACUGAAUACCACCCAACAGACUAUUAUUUUAGAGGGAUUGAAAUAUUUCACCGAAUACAGUGUUGAGGUAUGUGCGUGCAACUCUGGAGCUGGUUGUGGAGAAAACAGAGGAUAUGUAACGCAGUGUUCAACUGUCCUUGGAAGAACUGGAAAGAGUGAUACGGCGGAUGAUGUUGGUGAUACCCUAGAGUUUGACGCAUAUAACGAUUCUAAGCAGUUUACGUUAGAAUGGAAGGCUCCUGAUAGACCGAACGGAAAGGUCUUAAGAUACGAUGUCUGGAUUCAGUAUAAACCAAUCAAGGGAAAUGAAACGGUUGAUGAUCAACAGUGUGUGACCGUUGCUCAGUAUACUAAAAUUGGAGCUUCAUUUGGUGAUUACACAGCAAGAGUAAGGGCUAUAACACCUGUUGGAAAUGGUUCCUGGAGUAACCAGGUCAACUUUAGAAUUGAUGAAAAAAUCACACCACCGGGAAUUGAAGCUCAAAAGGAAGACGCCAACUUUGUGACUGUUGUUGGUGUCAGCGUUGGCGCCAUUCUGUUUGCUCUUGUAGUUUUUGUUGUUCUUACGUUUUCGUUGAUAAAAAGACACAAGAAGAGUAAACAUGGAGCCGGAGUUCUUUUUUCUUCAACUAAUCCGGAAUACUGGAACUGCUCGGACGUAUAUGUUCCGGAUGAGUGGGAAGUGCCACGCGGUGAUGUCACUCUAAUACGUGAACUUGGCAAUGGUUCAUUCGGAAUGGUGUGGGAAGGGGAAGCUGUUGGAAUAUUACCUGGCGUUCAUUCUUGCAAAGUUGCCGUCAAGACUGUAAGUGAUACCAGUUCCAUUCGAGACAAAGUUGAAUUUUUGAAAGAAGCUUCGAUUAUGAAAGCAUUUAAUUGCAAUCAUGUUUUGCGGUUACUUGGAGUGGUUUCUGCCGGUGAUCCAGUCCUAGUGAUCAUGGAACUGAUGGAAAAUGGUGACCUGAAAAGUUUUUUGCGGAAACGCAGACCGGAUUCAGAGGAAGAUUGUUCUCUUCCGCCGCCGACAAAUGUUGAACUGUUUCAAAUGGCCGCUGAGAUUGCGGAUGGAAUGGCGUAUUUGGCUGAUAGAAAGUUUGUUCACAGAGAUCUUGCUGCAAGAAAUUGUAUGGUAUCAGGCAAUCACACGUGCAAAAUUGGAGAUUUUGGACUAGCACGAGAUGUGUACGAAACAGAUUACUAUCGAAAAGGCACUAAAGGUUUUUUGCCAGUUCGCUGGAUGUCUCCAGAGUCUUUGAGAGAUGGAGUAUUUUGCAGUGCUUCUGAUGUUUGGUCAUAUGGCGUAGUUCUCUGGGAAAUGGCGACGUUAGCCGAACAGCCGUAUCAAGGAAAAUCCAAUGAGGAAGUAAUGAAGUUUGUUCUGGGCGGAAAUAUUAUGGAUAUUCCUGAAUCGUAUCCAAGAAAGUUGUUGGAAAUAAUGUUGCUCUGCUGGCAACAAAAACCUGGAAAUAGGCCUACCUUCCUGUCUAUUGUCGAAAACCUUGAAGGAUAUCUCACAUUAGACUUCACUGAGAGAUCAUUUUAUCACAACGGUCGACCAAGAAAAGAAACUGACUCGAGCAGUCUCGUCAGCCUCGGCACAGAAAACGAUAAUUUGUCAGAAUUACCAGAUUUUCUCGCCGACCAUGCUCCUAAAAGCCCAAUUCCGAGAGAGAGCUUUGUGUAGCAUUGGAGACACUGCGAUGAAAAUAUCAGGCAUGCGGUAAACCACACUGGAUUUCCCUGGAGGAGAUCAGAAGAUGAUAUCCGACGUGCGAUAAGAUUAGCGAUGAUAUCCGAUAGUAAUUUAACCUUAUAAUCUGCGGAUAAACCAUACUAUAUCCAAAAUCUAUCCGAUUGAUUGUAUUCGCCUUUUCGGAAAUAUAUUACCAAAAUAGUCCCCGCGUAUAUUUAAUACGCUAUCACAAUUAAAACCAGGGCCGCACAGAGAAUGUUAGGGGCCCGGGGCAAAAGUCUCGCGAGAAAAAUGCAUCAGAAUAAAAUGGCGUAGCUAGUUCCUGUAACAUAGCUCCACUGUGAUGCCGCCCGAUCAAUAAUGACUUAAUGUAUCGCCUGAAGCUUGAGUGGUGUUCGUAAGGUAUCUUAAAGCUUGGGGGAUAAUAAAGCAAUCGAAAGGGUGGGGUCAUACUCCCCGAAAUUCUGAUACUUGGGGUGCAGCACAAGCGAUUUCCUUAUGGUUUUGGGUGAAAUUUUCACCAUAUUAAAUACAGUAUAUUGUUUAUUCUAUUUAGCAAUUAGUCGCCGAGGUGGUUACAAGUGACUAUCACUUCAGAGACAGUGAAUCUUGACCAAUCAGAAUGCAGGAAAAUCAAUAGCCAUGCAUGCACCUCGAAAUUAAACUAUAAACCCCCCACCUGCCAACGAGAACUAUGCAUAUUUCCAAGAAUUGUUUAAUGAUAUCCCUGCGAUACCUAAUGCAUGGCCUGGGUGGCCCCCUAUCAGCUUGGUGCCCGGAGAAGAUUGCCGUUUUUGUCCUACCCCCUGCCCUCUUCUGUGCGGCCUUGAUAAUAACUUAAUAAAUGGUUAUACCCACGCCUAUAGAUUUUAUAAUUAUCUGCGUAAUUUUUACUUAAUUACUUUCGUAAUUAUAUCAAUCAAAAUAUAGUUAGGUAGUAAAUUGGUAGUAAAUUCACUAAAUUAUUGAAUAUUAGACAAAUAUGUGGUAUCAUAUAAAUAUAAUGUAGAUAUUAAAUGAAAUUGACGAAGGCCAAAAAGUUAUGGCUGAUAACGGUCAACGGACUUGAAUAAAGCAGGGAUUAUCUGCGUUUCUCUGCAAGCAUUUAGACAACACUUCUGUGUUCAAUCAGUCUUAUUUCGUAAGAUUAGUAAGAUAAGACACAAGUAAGAUUUCUACGGGGAUUCUGAUAUGCAAAUAUUUUUGUCUUUUGUGUUUCUACUGUUUACUUACUAUAGUCUGCGACAAUCUCAAUUGAGUGAGUUUAUAUUUUGGCGUUAAAAAGCCUAGUUAUCUCCUUUGACGUAUAAGUUCCCGCUUUUUUUAAGUCAGUUGUCUGGACUAGGUAUAAAUUACACUGUAUAUAGACCGAACUUAAUUAAAUGCAGUACUGGAUUAGAAUUAUCUUUGUAUUCUAUUUUUGUACUUGUACAAUAAAUUCCGUAAGCACAUUUGUUGUUGUCGUGUUCAGCGUUCUCACUUUUAAGGAAAUUUCCUUAGAAAAGUUUGACUCUAUCGAGGGGAGACAAGAGUAUUUGAUAUGCUCUUUUCAAAUGUUUUGU